AUGGAUGGAGUUGAGAAUAUGAAUAUACGAAGGGGGCAGUUAAAAGCGUCGAUAACGCGCUUUUGGAACAGCCUACAAUCUCCAAAUGUCGAUCCAGUCGAGAUAAAAGCUCGACGAGAAAAGAUUGAAGAGGUGUGGAUAGAGUAUGAGCAACUUCAAUCUGUGAUAGAGGCGCAGAAAGAGGUCGACAUAAAUACACAGAAUGAGUAUAGGGAAAUAUUCGAGGACCUAUACUUUAAAAGUGUGGCGGCGGCGGAGAAAAUAAUUACACAAACGAAGGGCACAGAGGAGCGCGAAAAAAGCAAAAGCGAAACGUUCUAUGAAAAAAAAGCAACCCCGGCAGUUAAGUUAGCAGCGUUAAAUGUGCCUACAUUUAACGGAAAUUAUCACGAAUGGGCGUCAUAUUAUGAUAUAUUUUCCGUAUUAGUGGAUAAAAAUCCGGAUAUAAGUGAUAUAGAAAAAAUUUUCCAUUUGCGAGCAUCACUGUCCGGCGAAGCACUAGCGUCUAUACAAUGUUUGGAGACGACGGCGAAUAAUUAUGCGAUAGCUUGGAAAUCUCUUGUGCAGCGGUACAAUAACAAACGAGUGUUAGUACAGGCACACGUAAAGUCCAUAUACGACCUUGAAGCAAUGAGUGGCGAAUCGGCGAGUAAGCUAAGACAAUUUACGGACACGCUCAGUGGACACAUGCGGGCUUUAGAGGCGCUAGGCGAACGACCCGGGGAUUGGGGACCACUAUUAAUACAUUUAAUCGCAACAAAAAUUGAUAAAACCACAUUGAGAGAGUGGGAAUCAAAAUCGUCGCAUGAUAAGGUGCCAACGGUGUCGGAGAUUAUUCAAUUCUUGGAAUCGAAAUUCAAGGUUUUAGAAGCCAUAGAGGUCGCAAAAAACAUAAGUGUUCGAGCGCAGCGGCCUAUAGAAACCAGCGCGAAAAAAUAUUAUGAAAAAGGAAGCGCGUCGAAGUCGUUCGCGUCUACGUCAAAAUUAAAAUGUUAUGUGUGUGGAUCAGAACAUACGAUUUAUAAGUGCCCUACAUUUUGCGGUUUAGACAUAUCGGAUAGAAUAAAACGCGCAACGGAGCUUGAUUUAUGUAAAGUUUGUUUACGUAAACACGACGGUCGAAAAUGUAACGCGCGAUUUUGUUUCAAAUGUGCAAAGCCGCACAACACGCUUUUGCACUUGUCUGGAGUGGGAAAUAAAUCAACGACAAACGAACAAAUACAGGUUCAGUCGACAACAGCUGGCUUGAAUAUUGCAGGAAGGAGCGAUGAAGAGUCAAAGUCCAUAAGUGCCCACGCGUCGGUAAUAUUGGACGAUCGUAUUUUAUUGGCGACAGCGAUAAUAUUAUUGCGUGACGAGAUAGGUAAUUUGGUACCCGGACGGGUAUUACUGGACUCUGGGUCACAGAGUAAUUUAAUUACUGAAGAAAUGGUUCAAGUGCUAGGACUUAAGAAAAAACGUAUUAAUCAUAGCUUAUCGGGAAUCGGAGAUAGCGCGCAGACAGUGUCGUCGACAGUGAAUACAACGAUCAUAUCAAAUUAUAACGAGUUCACAUUAUCUACAUCGUAUUUAGUCGUAAAACGCAUAACGACAAACAUACCGUCAAGAGUGUUUAAAGGAAAUUACGUAAUUCCUAACGGUGUACAGUUGGCUGAUCCAUCAUUUCUAAAACCACAGAAAAUAGAUUUAUUAAUUGGGGCCAAUCACUUUUUCGAUUUAAUGCAAUCUGGACGACUUAAACCAAUAGCGGAGGGACCGGUGUUCCAAGAGACGUGCUUGGGAUGGGUGGUUUCGGGUCCGUUAGGACUUCCGGAAAAAUCCGAAUAUGAACACUCAUCCAGUGCGAUAUGUUUACUGACGGGUGAGACCCCGGAGACAGAUUUGGAAAGGAUAAUUGCGACAUUCUGGAGGCUCGAGGAGUAUGGAGAAAAAAAAGUAUACACUUUGGAAGAAAAGGCGUGUAAAAAUGAUUUUGAAAAAAAUGUUAAAUGGAACGGCAGUGGCAGGUUUGUCGUACACUUACCAUUCAAAAAAGAUAAACCUAAAUUAGGAAACUCGUACGAGAUAGCGAAGCGUCGGCUGUUAUCGUUGGAAGGCGUUUUCAGAGGGAUCCAAAAUUAA